CCUGUACCGGAAUAACGCAGGAGUGAAUAUGGCGCUGCGGACGGAUCCAGAGCUGAACGGGACGGCGGUUUAAAGGCGAAACUGGCCCAAACUCAGCAAUGAUACACUUAAUAACAGCCUGAGCUACAGAGAACCCCUGGCCCUGUACCCGUCUGUCCUGCCGAAUAAUGUCCUGUCAUUAAAAAUGGGAGGCAGUGGAUCCAAAGCUAAAGGAAUCUGGCCGUUCUCCGGCUCAGGGUCCAGCGGAGACUCCACUGGUGAGGUCAGCGAGCAGUCUUUAGCCCGGCUCCGCGGCUCCAAAAACGCUACCCCUUUCGUCUUUACAAGGAGAAGUUCCUUGUACUACGAUGAGGACGGUGAUCUGGCUCACGAGUUCUAUGAGGAGACAGUGGUGACCAAAAAUGGACGAAAGAAGGCCAAGCUGAAAAGGAUCCAAAAGAAUCUCAUACCUCAGGGAAUCGUGAAACUGGAUCAUCCACGAAUCCACGUUGAUUUCCCAGUCAUCCUUUGUGAAGUAUAAAGACACCGACCGUCUGAGGCUAGGAGACGCUGCACCAAUCAAAGCUUUCCCCUCUCUGCUACCUACCAUCCUUCCUUCCUCGAUGGUCCUCAGCUGCUCCGAUCUUCAUCGUGACCCGUACGUGUUCCUCGUAGAGGACGAGCCGCAUCGUCCUCACAGGACUCACUGCACUUUAGCAGGCUAGAGGCAUUCGACAAGCAGGGUGAACUGGAGUAAGUGUUUCACUCUUUGGCGUACUGAUAGUCAGUAGACCCACGUUCUCCUGCCUUCUGUGAUGUACAGACGAGUUAGAGUGUGUGUUCCGUCAGUGCGAUCAGUCUGAAUGAGGGAGAGCAGAGUUUUGAGAUGCAGGGACUGUUAUGUCCUUCCUGCAUGGCUGCCUGUCGACCAAGUGUGGCAUGUUUUUAAUCAUUGUAUUGUACAUAACUAUUCUGUUAUAUCAGAGUCUGCCUCUGUCUGUUGUAUUCGAGCCCAGACCUGCACUAGUAAUUAUUUGAUGUAUAGUAAGUUAUGAGAGUUGACAUACUUGAAUAAAAUGGUCUACUCACCAAA